GCCCCUGAGGAAAAAGGGGUGAUUUUGGUGUAAAUCUAGACUGUAAUUCUGUAAUAUAUCACAGUACCUCGUAAAACCGACAUUUAAACCUUCUGGCCUACAAAUCACGGGUCAAAUUAUGAGUUCAUUGUAUUAUGCGAACGCGUUGUUUUCCAAAUAUCAAGCGGCAAGUUCGGUGUUUCCAAGUGGGGUUUUUCCCGAGCAAACUUCUUGCGCUUUCGCGUCCAGCUCCCAGCGAGCCAACGGCUAUGGAUCCAGCUCCGGCGGAGCCUCAUUCUCCACUACCUCCUCAGCCUCCCCUUCGCUGCUGUAUACUACCGGAGGAACAUUGUCUAAUCAGAGCCAGAGCAUGUACCCUGCUGGCUAUGGGUUCACCACUGGCCCACUAAACAUGCACUGCUCCCCCUUUGAUCAUCCGAGUCUGGCAACGAAGUGCACCGUAGAUCCGUCCAAGGCUCCCGGUGGCUGCAGUAAGCCAGAACAGCGGACUUGCCGUCAACAAAACGAGGACAACCUCCGAAUUUAUCCCUGGAUGAUAAGUACAGGUGCAGACAGGAAACGAGGCCGACAGACAUACACACGCUACCAGACCUUGGAGCUGGAGAAGGAGUUCCACUUCAACCGCUAUUUGACCCGGCGGCGGCGCAUCGAGAUCGCGCAUGCAGUCUGCCUCACAGAACGACAGAUCAAAAUCUGGUUCCAGAACCGACGGAUGAAGUGGAAGAAAGAGAACAAAAUAGCGGGAUCUAGCUCCCCUACUACUGACGUGCCCGGCGGAGAGGAGGAGGAAGAGGAUGAUGAAGAGUAACGGAGGCGACGCCUAAACGGAGCAGGGCUCCAGACGAACUCUAAUUAUAAAGGAGAAAUCCUUGUCCCCCCUCAGUUUGUUCAACACUGAGUAAAUCAAAUUAUACUACCUUAUAAAAUAUCGUUGUUGUUUUGUAUGUGCAGGUUGAUGUCCCGUGUAUGAGCAAUAGUCGUGAGCUCAAUGUUUGGUUUUGCACAUAGUCUAUAAAAUGUCAUAUGAAACAGACCAUUCGAUUUUGUAUUAAAUAAUGUUUAGAAUAGCAGUGCGCUCUUUUUUUCAAUUGUUUAAUUUUUUUAAUUGAAGGGAAAUGCAGAGAAGGGACUCUUUAUAACGCAGUUAAGUAGGCUAACAACCCGUCUUUCUCUUCCUGUGUAUUGAUCGAGAAUUUUUGUGUUACUAUCAAAGCGCUUCUCCUCAAAUAGCAUUUAUAUUUUGAAACAUGAACGUCUCUGUGAGAAGACAUAUGUACAGUGGACCACGAGAUAUGAGUAUUUUAUUAUUGUUUUCAUUGUGGGGGAUUUUUUCGUUUUAAAAUGUACUGUGCGUUCCAAUAAAAAAACAAAACCAGAAUUAGACUUAAGUGUUCGGGAUAAUUCAAGUUUAUAUGACUCAGUAAAACCUCACUUAUGCUUUGUGCAACUGUACAACAUCCACAAGCUACCAUGGCCUACACACAAGGGGAACAGUGCAGGGAAAUGGUUGUGAUUAUACUUAUAUUCUGUUAGCUUGGCUUCAGCGUAAUACGAUGGGAAUUGUACAAACAUAUUUAGCAUUGCCAGUUUGAAUGGUAGAUUGCAGAAGCAAUGAGAAUAGUAGGGACAGAAAAUCGAAUAGACCACCUUCAA